AUGUGGGGUGUCAAGAAGCUCGCAUGCAGAGCUGUUCUAUUGCUCCCAUUUCUCCUAAAACCAUCUUUCCAAGCUGGUCUUACCACCAGUUUUCAAGUGGUUACUCAAGGCCCAGGAGCCUGCAGUCCUGCUGACAUUCAAGUGUUGGAAGGGUUCUACACUGACGCUGUUGCCCUUGUUAGAGCAGGACUGAACCUAUACGACCUCUAUAGAACUGGCUCGGCUGGCACUUUCUCCCAAGAUAUUAGCUUCCGAAACGGGGUAUUGUUCUUUGGACUUAAUGGGAAUGGCGCACAAAAUGUUCCUGCAGAUGACGUGAGAUGGUCAAGAGUACGUAAUAUACUCUUUAGAACACAAAGGCUAUUAGCAGGAGACAACGUCCUCAAUGUCAACUACAAGCCAUUAUUGUACUGUAACGGCUGGUGGUUACAACGGAUACCAGAUAAUUCAUAUAAGCUCGUAGAAGGGCGUCCUUCAGCAACCAACCCAAACGCAGGCCAGUUUCAAACACCCUAUAUCACUGUUGCUAAUGCCUAUCGAGGCCAUUUGUACGACAAUGCCGGUGUACGAAAUUCCAGAGAAGUGUGGUGGAACACAAUCAGUAGAAAAUAUCAUGUCCAAAGUCCCAUGGAUCCGACAACCCUUGGGAUGGCAUGGGAUGGCGACGGUGACGCAGACUUAACGCCAAGAAUCGCACUCGUCGGUCGAACCCUCACUGCGUAUCGCGGAAGACUGGUAACGUCACGCGGGAGUGUUAUCCGUGGGAGCGGGCUCAACCUCUACUAUACCGGUGCUGCUUGUCUUGUACACGAGAUUAUUCAUCUCACAGCACAGAACCAAGACAAUGAUGAUUUAUAUGGGUACGGAGAUAUUACCCAGGCGAAUCAUUUCUUACUUGACCGCAUUCUGGGGGGGACAGCGACCAAUGCCCAGCUCCAACUGUUCGACAGGUUGCAGUACACAGCUGAUGCAUAUGCGUGGUACUGUUUAUCUGCUUACUUGUCAAGCAUCAGUGAAGUAUCGCUUGACUUUUCUACUGGUUCCGGCCUCAACGCCCUAGACAUCGCGAACUUGCCCUAG